AUGCGCGGCGGUCACGCUUUAAUGAGCGUGGCAAGGGGCGAGGAAAAAGUGGAGCAAUUCAGCACAGCUGAUAACAAUGGUAGAAUUCAACUCGUUCCGAGUGGCAAUAAGUGUACGCUCAAUUUGCAAAGGAAGUCAGAUGGUCUCCUCCUGGACUCAUAUGAGUUGCCUGUAGGCAUCCGAACUGUGUCAUGGAACUCUGAUCAGUUCUUCAUCAACAAUUCGCCAUUUUACUUCCGUGGUUUCGGAAAACACGAAGAUUAUCCGAUUCGGGGAAAAGGUCUCGAUUGGCCAUAUAUAAUCAAAGACUUCAACCUCCUUCACUGGGUCGGCGCAAACUCUUUCCGAACUUCCCAUUACCCCUACUCUGAGGAAAUCGUCCAAACUGCGGACAGAUACGGAAUCGUCAUAAUUGAUGAAGUACCAGCUGUGGCUCUAAGAUACUUCCAUGCAAGCGUACUUGAUGUGCACAAGCAGAUGGUUGCGGAACUUAUACAAAGGGACAAAAACAACCCUAGUGUGGUCAUGUGGUCAUUGGGCAAUGAAUGCAAGACUGCGAUCAAUGAGUCACAACCAUACUUCAGAGAACUCGCUACUUUGACUCGAGAGAUGGAUCCAACACGGGCAGUGACAAUCGUCACCAAUCAAGAUUUUGACAAGGACGUCGUCGUUCCGGACAUGGAUUUAGUUUGUGUGAAUCGAUACUACGGAUGGUACAUUCAAGCAGGACAUACUGAACUCAUUCAAUCGGGUGUCAUUGACGAAUACACAAAAUGGAGAAGUCGAUUCAAAAAACCCAUAAUCGUCGCCGAGUAUGGAGCAGGAGCAGUAGCAGGAAUGCAUGCCGGUCCAGGCGUGGCAUUCACUGAGGAAUAUCAAAUUGAGGUAUUCAAAGAACACUUCAAAGCCUUCAAACAUCUGCGAAAUCAAGGAUUCUUCGCGGGUGAAAUGAUAUGGAAUUUCGCAGAUUUCAUGACUCAACAAGAGGUCAAUCGGGUAUUUGGAAACCGGAAAGGCAUAUUCACGAGGGAUCGACAGCCAAAGAGUUCUGCAUUUGUUGUACAAUCCCACUAUUUGCAACUAGCCUUGGAACUUGACAAGCAUUUGAAGGAUUCCCCGAGCGCGAUUGAGCAAAGAAACUGGUGUCUUUUGGAACCCUGAAGAAUUUUUGAUAAGGGACGUCGUUCGUUUUUUUUUUCUCAUGAAUAAAAUCAAAUGAUUCUGUAAAAAAA